AUGGGCUACGAAUAUCUUGCCUCCAUUAUCGCCGGAAUUGCCGCCCACUGGGGCGUCUUCAUCCGGGGCGAGUGGCAUCUCAAAACUCGCACCAUUGUCUUCAGCCAUGGCUUGCUCGUUACCUGUCUUGUCUACAUCUUCAGGAGCAGCUUAGCAUGCAGCUUUGGUGAAGCUGCGUAUCGAGCGCUAUCCUCCUUUGCUGUUUACCUGAUCUCCCUGUUGGGGAGCAUGGUCGUCUACCGGUUGUUCUUCCACCAACUCCGACACCUCCCUGGACCGAGAUUAGCUGCCGUGACUAAGCUCUGGCAUGUAUUCCAUGUCAGUGACUCGAGGAAUUUUGCCUUCUUGGACCGUCUUCACGCCGAGUACGGACCGGUUGUGCGAACUGGUCCAAAUGAGGUUUGCGUUGCCACAGCCGAUGCCAUUCAAAAAAUUGACGGUUGGGGCAAUGACACUACCAAAGACGUAUGGUAUGAUCUCAUGCAACCGCGCACCUCUGCUGUCUUCACCCGCAACAAGCACGAGCAUAGAGAAUGGCGGAAGACUUGGUCUCAGUCUCUGUCCUCAAAGGCAAUGGAAUCCUUCCAACCUCGAGUGGCAGGCCUGGCCGAGGCGCUAGUCGAGUACAUUUCCGAAAAGCACUCGGAUCCGGUAGACCUUGACGAAAUCAUGUCGUGGUUCUCGUUUGACGUUAUCGGUGAUGUUCUCUUUGGCGAAGACUUUGAUCUUAUCCGAUCGCGCACCAUGCAUCCUGCUAUCCUCCACCGCGACCGGGCGUUGGCGUUUCUGGGUCCUCUAGGCGAUGCUAUAUGGAUUGCCUGCAUGGCCUUCGACUUUGUUCCUUUUGUAGACAUCGUUCAAAAUUGGUUCCGCCUGGUCGACUUUUGCGAUACCCGCCUGAAAUUGCGUAUGAAGCGUGGAGACAGAAUGUCUAGACCUGACAUGGCGUCGUGGUUUAUCAAAGAGUAUCAUAGUUUGGAGGAGCAAAGUACGCCUCACGAGAGGUUCAACCUUCUCAGCGGAACUGUGGUGGCGGCCGUGGUUGCCGGGAGUGACACCACUAGAGCUUCGCUCAUUGCCUCCUUCUGGUUCCUGGCCAAGUAUCCAGAGCACGCAGCCGCUGUCCGGUCCGAGAUUCAAGGCGUCGACGUUCGGGAUGCCAACGCCUUGGCUACCCGACCGCACCUGAACGGUGUCAUCAAUGAAACGUUGCGGCUCGUGCCUCCUGCCAUGUCCGGGAAUGCGAGACUUACUGGGGCCCAAGGUCUUCAGGUUGGAGCAGUGUACAUUCCCCCUCAUACCAAGAUCACGGCACCAAAGUACACGAUUCAGCGAUUGAGCUCAGCGUUCCGAUCACCAGAUGAAUUCAUUCCUGAGCGUUGGUACUCACGCCCCGAACUUAUCAUGGACAAGCAGGCUUUUGCCCCCUUUUCCGUCGGGAACCGAAUGUGCGUGGGAAAGUCCAUGGCUUAUACCGAGCUGCGCUUCGUGAUAGCCAUGGUGCUUCGAGACUACAAUGUAGACUUUGCCCCAGGGUACGACCCGGAGACCAUGUGGCGGGACAUGAAAGAUCAGGUGACGGCGCAGCCAGGCAAGGUCAUGUGCGUAUUUGAGCCUGUGGAUUCAUAG